CAGCGCGGCUCUGGAAUGACAGGCAUUCCUGCGCCAGGGGAGCUGGCAUGGGCGCCUAUUUAUGAGAAUCAAGUGCCUGGGCUCCGGGGGACAGGACCCACACCGCACACCCUGCCACCGCCUCGCCUCCCGCGGCCGCCCCGCUCGCCCGGCGCUGGAGCCUUGCCCGGCCGCGGGCGUGGAUUUCCCAUUUCCGAGGGCUCUGGAGCUCUCCCGGGGUCCCGGUUGUUUUUCCUCUCCCUUCCCGCUGCCUCCCGGAGAGCCGCUUGGGAAGGAAUCGGAUGGGGCAGCCGCACUUCUCCAGACCGGUCAGUCCGGCUGCUUUCGCUGAAGAGGUGGAUCACCCCCCGAGCGAUGCCGGCAUGGGGGUAGACGUUCUGGAAUCGGGCGACACCACGCCUCCCACCAAGAGGAAAAGCAAGUUCUCGAGCUUCGGCAAGAUCUUCAAGCCUUGGAAGUGGAGGAAAAAGAAAAGCAGCGAUAAAUUUAAGGAGACUUCGGAAGUUUUAGAACGAAAGAUUUCUAUGCGAAAGCCAAGAGAGGAGCUGGUAAAAAGAGGGGUUCUGUUGGAAGACCCUGAGCAGGAUGGUGAGGAACCAGAGAAGCUGAACCCGCCGGCACUGAAGAAUGGCCACACGGUCCCCAUCGGUGGUCCCGGGGCCGGUAACCCGGCCAGCCAGGAGGAAGAGGCCCCGAAGUCAUCCAGCCUUAGGAAGCCUGUUCCAGCUGAGGAACCAAAGAAAAGACAAGGCUCUUCCAGCAGCCAACCUGGUCCCGAACCGGAGCCACUGCAGGAGCCCCACGUUGCCAGGCAGCCCCUUCUUCCUCCAAAAAGACCUCCCUCCACGUCCCAGGAGGCAAACGAGGCGCAAGCAAAGGAUCCUGCACCUGCCAGCAGCGCUGCAAAACCCGCACCCACCACCACGGCCCCUGGCGCAGCAAAGACAGUCAAUUCCACAGCUGCCCCCUCCCCAGCCCCCAGGACUCUGCCCCCUGCUCUUGCCGGUGCCAACACUACUGCUCCCGUGAGCACGACCAGCACGGCUCCUGCCAAGCAGCCUCCCGUCCCGCCGCCCAAGCCUGUCAACAGAAACAGCAACUCGGUGAUAGCUGAACUUUCUCAAGCGAUGAACAGUGGAACGGCCUUGUCCAAGGCUUCCCCUCCUCUCCCACCGAAGAGAGGCCUCCUGCCUAGCACCGCGUCAGAGGCAGCCCUCGCUUCCAAGCCCCCGAGCGACAGGACGGUGACGGCAAGCCGCCCCAUGCUGAUACCCAUGCACAUGGCCCCCGCGUACCCGCCGCCCUCGCCGUCGCCGCCGCUGCCCACGCACGUACCGCCGGAGCCUCCCCGCGUGCCCUUGCCCGCCUCCACCCCCGUCCUGGACCCUCCGCGCUCCCUGGACCUGCCCAAAGAGCCUCCCCCUCCUCCGGAGGACUUCAGGCCCCCCGAGGCGGCGAAGAGGCCGGCAGAGCAAGGCUUCGGCGAGCCUCAAGCGCUGCCGCGGCUGCCCCAGGUCCCGCUGCACAUCCGGAUCCAGCAGGCGCUGGCCAGCCCCCUGCCCGUCACCCCGCCUGCCGACGGCUCGCACAGAGCCCACUCGCUGCUCUUCGAGAACGACGCCUUCGGGGAGGACAGCGGCACGCUGGGCAGGACGAGGUCCCUGCCGGUCACCAUCGAGAUGCUGAAAGUUCCAGACGAUGAGGAAGAGGAAGAUGAAGACCAGGAAGAAGAGCAAGCUCCGGGCCCUCGUGUGUAUAUUGGAGAUGUGCCGUCUGUAACGGUCAUCCCAAAGCUGGUGCCCCAGGUCCUGCCAGAGGAGCAGGAGGGAGACGAAGGGAUGAGCGACUCUGACUCGGAGGGGCCCAUCCUCUACAAAGAUGACGAGGAUGAGGAAGAGGAUGAAAGCCAUAACAGCACGCUGGCCAACAAAGUGAAGAGGAAAGACACGCUAGCCAUGAAGCUGGGCAACGCAACCGCGGUGCAGGAAGAAAAGUUCGUCUUUCCUCGGAAGAGCAAGGAGGAGUGGAACCAAAUUCGGAACCAGAUCGGGUCGACACUGACCAGGCGACUGAGUCAGAGACCGACAGCGGAAGAACUGGAGCAGAGGAACAUACUUCAACCGAAAAACGAAGCUGACCGUCAAGCCGAGAAGCGAGAGAUCAAACGCAGGCUCACCAGAAAGCUCAGCCAAAGGCCUACAGUGGCAGAGCUGCAGGCCAGGAAGAUCCUGAGGUUUAACGAAUAUGUGGAAGUGACAGAUGCUCAAGACUACGACCGGCGAGCAGAUAAGCCGUGGACAAAGCUUACGCCGGCUGACAAGGCUGCCAUCCGGAAGGAGCUAAACGAGUUUAAGAGCUGUGAAAUGGAAGUCCACGAGGAGAGCAAACAGUUCACGCGGUACCAUCGACCAUAAUCUUCCAAGAAGGAGCAAGAGACCCGAGAGGACUGGAAGUUCUCUGCGUCCCUCUCCUGGGCAAUACAGCAAGGGCAGAACCUCGACUCUUCCAAGAUUUGCCUUCAAAACAUAUCCAGAAAAGGGCUUUCGGCCAGGGAAGGGGCAAUCCUGUCUGAAUGUAGCAUUUCACUGGAACAAACACGUCUCGAGUGCCAUCAGGCUGGAACUGAACACUAUACCUCGCGCAGCUCAGCAAUACGCCUCUCCUCCCUGCCAGGAGUCCACGCACGUGUGAACGAGCGCUUCGUUCUCCAGCUCCCUUCCUGUCGUGACGGGCCAGUUCUCGGCUGUACAUACUCCUUUUGGGUGCAAGCCCUUCGUUUCCUCUCUCUUUACCUGGAGGAGGAAAAAACUCGGCAGCUCUGGUGUUGGAGAGCUGAGGAAUGGCGAGUGGAUGUGCUAGGAAGCACGUGUGUAUAUUAGCUGUGUACAGAGAGCCCCGUGCAGAUGCUGACCUGGCAGACAACUGACAAGUGACUCGUCAUGUUUUGGAUUCGCUCGCAUCUGUCGUAUCUUUAAUGUCCUGAAUCACUACUGACCAACGGUUUGUUGUCCUGGAAGGGAAUUGUAUAGAUAUUAACAUAUGCUGCAUCUUUUUUUUUUUUUUUUUUUUUGUAAAAAAAAAUCAAAAGAACUCAAAACCAGAAAAAAAAGGCAAAAAACAAAACACAAA